AUGCUGAAGCCUCCGCUGCUGCCGCUGCCUCGGUUGCUUGCGCUGCCGUCGGCGCCGGAUCCUCUGGAAAAUGGAGACCGGGGAAGAGGGAGGAGACCAGUCGGGAGGAGGGGGAAGGGGCCUGGGAGGAGCCCGCCGACGCCGCCAGGCCCUCCCCGCCAGGCCGGCUCGGGAAGGCGCUUCGCUGCCAAGAGACCAGGAAUGGGCGCCUUCGGUUCCCCCCAGCCGCCCUUCCGGGUCCUCAUGCCGUGGGAAGGGCUUCUUCCCGUGUUCCCGGCCGGCCCCUUGCCAGGUGCUGACCGCCUUCGGUCGAGGGUCUUCCCCGGCAAAAGGCCACUUUUGAAAGCCAAGCCUCCCCCUCUCUCAGUUACUUAUGGGGUCCUGAGGUGGGCUGAGGCCCAUGGAAACCCCAUGCACCCUCCCGAGGGCCUAGGCAAAUGUCCUUGGAACCAGGAUGUGUUUGGGAAGAUUGCUGGGUCUUUCCAAGAUGGCCUCGCCCAGGGCUUUUUUUCUUUAAAAAGAUGUUUAGGGUUAUUCUCAUUUUCCUACUCAUAUCGAAAUAUUGCCCCGCAAUGAGGCCAAGCUUAAUAGAUUAACAAAAUGUUUAGGGGUGUGCGUACCCCUGCGUCCCUCCAGGAAAAAAAAGCAUCAGCCUUACCUCUGUUUUCCAAAAACAGCCUGGAUCGCAACAUUUAGCCAUUUGAUUAUUUAAUUUCUAUACUGCUUAAUAUGUUUAAAACAUCUCUAAGUGGUGCACAAAAAGCUUAAAAAACAGACAACUUAAAUAUUUAAAAAAUUACACCGUUAUGUAUUAAAAGUGUUCCAUUUGGUCUGCAUUUAGGCAUCGAGCCUUGUUUCUUCAGGUGUGCUUGAUUCACAGGAAAGCAGUGGGGUGCAAUACAUAAAUGUAAGGUGGUGAGUUUGGGCUGGGGUGGGGGGAAGGAUUCCAUUGGCAAAGGAGCCACGUUUCAGGGUGACUUUACGGGACCCUUAGUCUAAGAAAGGAGGUUGCUUUGUGCUGGGGGGGGCGCAAAUAGGUGGGUGGUUGAGCCCCCUCCCUCACCUGCCUGGUAGUUAGGUGGACAAAGGCCAGAGCUGAGGUGUGGAUGAGCUGGGCUAAAAGCAGGAGGCAGGCAGAAGCCAGAGACAAAGAGCCAUGCUUGAUUUCCGCUGCAAUCCGAAGCUGUGCAUAUACAGUGGUACCUCUGGUUUCGAACAGGAUCCGUUCCGGAGCCCCGUUCACAUCAUGAGCAGAAUGCAACCCGCGUCUGCGUGUGUGCAGGUCGCGAUUUGCCACUUCUGCGCAUGCGCGUAACGUCAUUCUGAGCGUCUGCGCAUGCACGAGUGGCGAAACCCGGAAGUAACCCGUUCCGUUACUUCCGGGUCGCAACCUGAAAAGACGUAACCUGAACUGAACGUAACAAGAGGUAUGACUGUAUGGAAGAAGCAAGACCAUAUGGGGAGUUAAGGCUGUGAGCCCUUCCAGUGUAGGCUCAGGAUGUGUAUAUGUGUGUAAGUAAGCCACAUAUCCUAAAGGCACUACAGUCUCCACUGCCCUUCAUUCCUAGGAAAUUGAACAUUGGGUGGGUGGGCACCUGGAACCCCUGGAAUCUCACGGCUCAGAGAUUGGGGUGGUGGGCAACAUUAUGCUUUCCUGCAAUGAAAAAACUACAUCCCUCGUAUGACCCUUUUCAAAGUAGUCCCCCUCAUACUAUGACAUCUUAUCUACAGGAUCUAACGAUUCUAAAGAUAGAAGAGCUUUCUUGAGUACACAACUGAAGGUGCUUCCUUCAGCAGUCAGGGAACCCCAUUUCAUAAUCAUACAUGUCCAUGCAGAAAUGGUGAUACGGAAAUACUGGCCCGUGUGCGUCUUAUUGAGAAAAUAGAAAGGAAACUAAUUGUUAAAGUGUCUAAAGCAAAGCAGAAGGCUUGAUUUAUAGUGGACAAGAGAGAUUAAAACAGAUAUAAACUCUCAUCUUUAAUCCUUUUGUUUUUGUUUCCUGCCAGUAAAGAACAGGUGAAAUCAAAAGUUAAGCAACCAUCCUUAACCAUGAGAAAGGAAUUUGUCUGUUCUGAGAGAGCGCAACCGCACCUGUGAUUUUAAGGGGGAAACAUCAAGGUGGAUUGAGUGGCUAAUAAUAUCCAGAAUAUUAAAAGCAUCCCAUAUGACAAAUGUACUUUUGGAUCAACCAGUGAUGGUUGGUAUAGUUAAACAGUUGAUGGCUGAACAAUUAAAAGUGAUCAGAUCAAUGUUUGAUGAAGAUGAAGAAAAUGAGACAGAGGAAUAUGUUGGAAAAUGGAAAUGGGGAAUACCUAGAAG